CACAGCUAAAACCAAAAAUGCAAUUUAAUCAGCCCAGGCGCAUUCUGCUGGACCUCCCCACUCCCAACAGCCAGCUGUUCCUGCCUCCAAAGUUGCAAAAGAUGAGAUUUUCCUAUCAUGGUGAAAAUCCGCAAGCGAGGAAUGCAGAGCAGCGCAUCCGACCGAGAUCACCGCAGUCCCAGCCUCUGGUCAGGAGUCUCUCCCUGGAUCCUAACUCACACCUCGAAGGGCCUCAGGCCGAGCCUACCGGGUGUCCCAGAAUCUCCGAGGAGAUGCCAAUGCCUUCCAAGAGACCGCCUGGCCUCAAACCUCAGGUGCCCCCGAAGCCAUCCCACCUCUGCCGGACCCGACUGUCGGAGCCUAUUCCCCCUGCUCCCCGUAGACCGCUCCCCGCUGACCCGAGGGGAGCUCCGCCCACCCCUGCUACUGGACGCCAAGCUGGAACCCUGGCACGAGUCUCCACCCUCAUUGACAAGUUUGAAAG